GCGCCCAUCUUCCCCACUUGAAACGGUUGCCUAGCAGCAGAACCCAAACUUUCCGUUCAGACGGUUAGCUGCAAACUUUAUUCAUUCAUUUGUCAUAAUACAUUCGGUGAGGCCAGUGGACGGCUGUGACUUUGUUUCGGCCACAGGAUGAGUGCUGGACGGGUGUUUGAGGGUGUGGGCUGCGUCACUUGGUGGGGCUUCAGUCCUGCGCGCGACCUGCUGAGUAUGGGUCCUGUGAGGCAUGAAGGGGAGAGCCACGUUUUGCUGGUUGGCAGUAGUGAUCCACGACAUAUUUUGAAGACAAUUGCUGGUUUGCAGCACAUAGAAAACCUGCAUGUGUGGGUGAUAGAAAACAGCAUGGAGGUGGUGGCUAGACAGCUGUUGCUCCUCUACCUGGCACUGAUGCCCCAAGAAAGCAUUGGAAAUAAUGAGAAGGCAGAGGUUUUCCUGGAGGUGUUCGGGAACAGUGAGAUCCGCAGUCAGACAGAUGAGACACUGAGACAUGCAGCAUCUCAGCUCUCUCUGUCUGUUACUGACACACUGGAGACACCCACACAUGCCUGUCUGAACACAACUCUUCUCAAGUUCAAGGAGCGAGACGAGCUGGUCAGGAUAUUCAAGUCAUGGAUCCAACCUCAGUCUUCAUCAUCUAUCUUAAUGUCCAAAGCUUGGGAUUAUCGAGUCAGACAGCACCUUGGAACACGCUAUGACUCCAAGAGGGGAUGUUUCGACUGGGACCUUAAAAUGAAACUGCAUGAGAAAGGGUGUGGUUCCAUCAACAAACAACAAUAUGUACGAUGGAGGGAGCAGGGUUUGGCGUUUGAAAUGAGGGAAGGUGCCUACCAAAUAACCAAUCCAACUUUGCUGUCUUCCAGAGUGUUUAGUCAGACAGGGGAUAAAGUGGCUGUCAGGGGCUACUGGGGAGACAUCAUUUCCAGUCCUUACCUCGCCUUUGGCAUUGAAACUGAUGACAAGAGCCUGCUGAAGACACAGAAUGGGCAACACAUCAAGACAGCCCAGGAUAUUUCCUUUGCAAAUGUACAGGCAUUGUUCCAGUCCCUGUCCAGUAGACGGGGCUGCCCCACUACUUCUCAGCCAGACGCAAAAACAGAGAAACCAUCUCCACAGACUGACCGCAAAUCUGUCACCAUCAAUGAUUUGAUGCAUCUGAAUGGAAUCUGCGUGACCUUCCUGCCUAUGGAUUCACUUAACAAACUGCUCGAAAAAAAGAAAUACUCCCACUUAUUCAGUGCCAUCUACUUCUCUGCCAGUUGUGUGCACCAGUUGGGCCCGAUGAUGAGACAGAUUGCAGCACCAGACGCUGUGCUCAUCGUGGAGUUGGCCAAGUACAUUUUGGAUCUGAACAAAGAGCAAGAAGCAGACCUUGCAAAGAAAGUGGCGAGCAUCGCUCUCGAUGCUGAAUUUGAGCCAUGGCAUGAGGGGAAGAGUGAUGGCGUCCAUGCUGUUUUUGUUCCGCUGAAGAAGUAAAGUGCACAUCAAUCAGAGUCUGCAGCUCCAGUAGAUCUUUCUCCAUUCUUUUCCUAUGGAUAUCCUAACAAGGACCAGCGGAUACACGGAUGAUGACAAAAUUACUGAUGCUGGUGCUGCAAAAGUUUAAUUGUUCCAUUAAUAACAAUCUUGAAGGAACAUACAUCAAAGUCAACCCUCUCCCCCUCCGGAAUUUUAGGGGCAGCGAGCUGAGUGACCAGUGGCCUGCAAAAUAACAUGAAGGCAUAUCAACAUGUACAUUUCAUAUUUUUAUUUGUUUGAGAUGCAUUUAAGGGUAAAAUCUUAGGCAUCAAAUAUUAUUUGAUACUGAGAAUUCCCAUGUAGGCUUACUUGUAUUUGGGACGUUCUUCUUCAACAUAACAGCCAGAGCAGCGGUAAAGUAAAGUGAUUGAUUUCAUUUUUUUAUUCAACAACAGGCAGAUUUGAAAACACACAGAAUAUGAAUAAUGCAAGUGUAACUCAUAAAGCAAAUUUGAAAGAAGUUUUAAUACAUCAGAAAACACACAGACACAGUUCAUGCCCUCUGUUCAUAACCAUAACUUUGUUUUACCAUGCUACUGAUGAUGGACUUGCAAAAAUAUGGUUAAAUAAACACACCAGAUGGAUCACAUUAUGUAAAUCAAUAUUUACUUUUUGAAGGUUAUCCUGUGGGGAUUCUUUCACUGACAGUUCGCUGUUAUAGAUUGUAUUUGAAUGUGUUAUUGCUAAGGAGAGGUCAAUAAAGACAGCACAGCUCAGCACCACAGUCUCACCUCCCUCUCCCUGCUCCUCAUCUUCUUCUGGAGAAAGAAAGAGAGUGACAACGCAACUGUGCUGAGAGAAAUGAUGAAAUUGCUGCUUAAUUAAAGGCAUAAAUGUCCUUACCAUCCUGAUGACCUCUGAAUAAAAAACAAGAAUUAAGAAUAUAAAUCAGGCAUUCCAUAAAACAAAAGCUCAUGUGUUAUGAAUGUAGAAAAGUUUAUAAAUGUAAAAUAAGCUAACUGGUAAGACCUGUUUGACUCACCCAUCUUCAAAAUCAGACAUGGUUACACUGCAGAGAAAAGCAGACAUAUAAAAAUCACCACUGUAAACCACUGAUCUCAAAAAGAAAUGAAAUAGUGAACAAAUUUCAUGACUUUAAGAGGGCCACAGGAGAUACAUGUCACAUUUACUGCAGGUCAGUGCUAUUGUUCAAAGAAUAAGAUUAAGGGAAAGGCCAUUUGAAGUUAAUGAUCUAGGAAUAGAAGAGGCCAGAGGGACUGUUGGCCAGGGCAGUGUCCUGUUACCCAGGAUAAGAGCGAGGUAUCAGCUGGCCAAUUCUUCUUCUUUAAUUUGAUUUACAAGAGAGAAUGUGGUAUGGACAGAUUGAGCUGGUAGGCUGGCUGCUUGGCUUGGUACCAACCAAGUCCUCUGUUAUCAUUUUGUCUGCUCAUACUCUCACUGAACUCAAGGGCUAUCUAAAUGUGUGUGGAGUCCAAUAAAUCUUUCAGCAUUCCUA